GCGUACCAGAAAGGGUUUGAUUCGCACACCAGAAAGAAACCUUUUAGGAAAAGAAAACUGACGCGCCAUAUUAAUAGUUUACGACCGUUUUAGAAUUGUUAGAAUGGAUUCCUAUGUCCCACAUCUGCACCUGAACCCUUCACGGUACCCCGCCAGAGAUGUCCGAGCGGAGGCGACCUCACGGCUGAACCACACAGCGGCUCCACUGAAUACGUCGGACGCGUCAGGCGUGGGAUGCGCUGGCGCCGGACCCGGCCGCGGCAGCAACAACAAUACGUCCAUGACGAACAACACGAUGAGUAGCGAUGCUAUCCCCGACGGCGGGUUUGCGGCGGGCGUUGCCCCGCCUUCGCCCAUCCCACGAUUCUACAAUGAACUGAAUGCCACCCACGGUGACUUCGGCACUGCCAACGGCUAUUCCUCGUCGUCGCAAGGGUGGCCAGGACAGUAUCCGCAGCGCUAUACAGACCCGAUGGAGGGUCGCAGUUUUCAGCCCGUCUCCGGCAGCGGCAGCCGUGGCACGCCGGGACCGUCCACCAUGCGUCCUCUCUUUGCCUCGGCAACCGCGUCGAGUCCACGCGACACUAACGUCAUCGCGGGCGAUACCGGACGUGUGCCGCUGUGGGGUACUGCCCCUUCCUCUGCCCCGGGUGCUGAUCUUGAACCCCGAGAGGACUUUCUAAAUCGCUACCGCCGCUCCUACGGAGCUGAUGGGCUCUUCACUAACGCACCAACCGCAUCAUCACAAGGCUACGAAGCACGGCGUGGGGGCUCUACGGUGUUCGGAGGCAGUUUUCCAAACACGAAUGCGUUCACCUCCACCUAUGUAGGGACCUCGACGGGAACCAUGCCCCGGAACAAGUCGACGUACUUCAGUAGUAGGGGCAAUGGCGCGGGGGUGUCGGAUUUCGUCUGGCGUGGCGGCACGCGAUCGCUUGCGACAGCCAACACCGCCCCUUUCCGCGAGGAGGAGCGACCGUACCGUGUUGACGGCAUAGAUGGGCUCGUCAACAGUCGCCUGCGCGCACGAGCGGAUCGCUGGACGGAUGAGAACACGGAUAGCAUAGACCGCCCGUGGCGAGACGGCGGCGACGACGACGUCACAAGUCUCGAUGCGGUGGCGCCACCGUCGGAUGCUGUUUCAUCCUCCUCCAGUGCGCGGCGCCACGCGCGCCGGUCCCGUCGUCGACGCGGGCGCCGCGGACACGAUGGCGACGACGGCAGCAUCAACAACGACGACGACGAAGACUCCGAUGACUCGUGGGACGGCGACGCCGACCCUCUCUCGUUCGCGGAUGCGGUGGUCACCGCCAUGGAUGCGCGGCCCGUCGUUCCGCUGGAGCUGCUUCGCAAGGCGCAGGAGACACCAUUUGUGUGGAUGCGUCAUCCGAGCCACGGCGUCCUUCUCUCGCUGCUGCAGCAUCGCGGUAUCUACCUGCCGCGCUACCGCGAGCUGGUCGACUACCACAUGGCGGAGUUGUUUCUGCACUACUUGGAUCUAUGCCGUGAGGGGGCCUUCUUUGUCUACUACGCACCAUCGAAGUGGCCCAAGGAGCGCUUUUUCCGUGUUCGCAUGCUGCCCGUAAAGCGGCUGGAGGCGGCCACGGAGCCGGUGCCCCACCUCGUCAUCACGCUUCACGAGUCGGGUGUGCACAUUCUCGAUGCGAUCCCGCUCGACAACUUAGUCGGUGUUACCGUCAGUCCGCAGGCGGCGUGCUUCCGCCCCUUUCUUGAGUCGCCGAACACCAUCAUUGGAUGCCGCGAGGGCCGCGGACACCGCGCGCGGAUGCCGGUGGACGGCGCCUUCAGUUUGUGGUUCUACGAUGUCGCGCAGCACACCUCGCGCAGCGUUGAUAUUCUCACCUGCGAUGCGAAGGUGUUUGAUAUUUGGACCAAGACCUUCCGAGGUCUGGUCAGCGUGAACAGCUCCUCCGUGGUGCAGGUGGCCAUGACGCCGCAGGGCGACUCUGCGGAGCUCUCAGCACUGGCUCAAGCGGCGCAGGAGCAGAGUGAAAUCGACCACGGUGAGCGCAAAGGCAAAUUCACGGAUGACUGA